AUGAAUAUCUAUGGAACCUGGAACUCCUCAAUUCUGGAAGACAAAGACUUUGCACAGGAGCUGCUUCUACAUUUACAGGGGAUCGGGAAGUAUGUUAGAGCAAUGGAUAUAGUUGAAUAUCUCGAUCAAGCCAAGAUGAAGUCACGGUUAAAACUAACUAAAACAAUAUCCCUCUCGACAGCACAAUGCUGGAUGAACCAUGUUGGUUACAGGUGGUCGAAGACACCAACUGGUCAGUUUGUUGACGGACACAAGAGGGUUGAUGUGGUGGAAUAUCGACAGGCAGUGUUCCUCCCUGUUUGGGCCAAGCUGCUGUCUCACACACGAGUUUACACACCCAAUGGAAAUGAGGGUGCUGUGCCACAGUUAAGCACUCGUCGAGUCAUAAUCUGGAAUCACAAUGAGUCCACCUAUUAUGCAAACAACCGUAGAAAAAUUCGAUGGGUCCACAAAAGCGAAACUGCCAUACCGUAUGCCAAAGGAGAGGGUGCCUCAUUGAUGAUUGCAGAUAUG